UCAACUGUGUGGCUUUAUUAGUUUUGUUCUGAACUUUAUUGAGACUCUGAUACAUUUGUCUCCUCUCAUGGCUUCUGUAUGGUUUGUGUUCUUUCUGCCAUUACUUUGUGUAGGAGUUAGAGCUCAACCAGAGAAGGCCAAGUUAAUAAGCUUGAAUUCUUCACUUUCCCCUAAAUAUGGCUCCCCUAUGGGAUGGGCUUCACCAUCCGGCCUUUUUGCAUUUGGUUUCUAUCCACAAGGCAGUGGGUUUUCAGUGGGAAUAUGGCUGGUCGGUACAGACGAAAACACAGUUGUUUGGACUGCUAAUCGAGAUGAUCCACCUGCCUCUGCAAACGCUAAGCUAUACUUCACAGAAGAUGGAAAGCUUCUCCUACAGACCGAGGAAGGUAGUGAAAUAUCCAUUACUGAUGGGUCAGGUCCUGCAGUCGCUGCUUCUAUGCUUGAUUCUGGUAGUUUUGUGCUCUACGACCAGAAUUUGAGUGUCAUCUGGAACAGCUUCAGUUACCCGACUGACACCUUAUUAGGAGGUCAGAACUUGGACUCUAACAAGAAAAUGGUUUCCAGUGAAUCGAGAUCCAACCACUCGAGUGGGUGGUUUUUCCUCGCUAUGCAGGGAGAUGGAAACCUUGUUUCGUACCCAGUAAAUAGUUCAGGGGAAAGCGAUGACUCCUACUGGAGCUCUGGGACUAGUUCUGCAAGUAGGCUGAAUUUUUAUUCAACUCAGCUGAGUCUCAACACUGAAGGCGCUCUAUACUUGAGCAGUGGGAUGUCAUCAUUGAUCAUACAAACUUUCAGGAACAGCUCCAAUCCCAGCAAGAACAAGACCACCAUAUACCGUGCAACAUUUGAUCCUGAUGGGAUUUUUAGGUUAUACUCGCAUCGUUUUGAGAACAAUGGUAGCUCCAAUGAGUCCAUUGUGUGGUCAAGUUUGAGUGAUCAAUGUGAUGUCAAAGGUUUCUGCGGCUUCAACAGUUAUUGCUCAAACCCUGGUGCUAAAGCUGAAUGCCAUUGUUUACCAGGUUUUGCUUUCAACAACCCUAGUGAGAAGAUCCGAGGCUGCUCUAGGAUCUUCAAUGGUGAUGAUUGCAGCAAAAUGAACAAUCAAUUGAUAUCAUACAACAUUACUACUUUAGAAAAUACAGGGUGGGGAGACUAUCCUUAUUACAAGAAAUCAAUGAAGAUGGAAGAAUGCAGCAAGUUUUGCCUGGAUGAUUGCAACUGCGGGGCAGCACUGUAUCGGAAUGGAAGUUGCUAUAAAUAUAAGCUUCCGGUCAGAUAUGGUAGGAUAAAUCGGAACGAGACUGCUACAGCCUUGUUGAAGGGACAUUUGCAGAGGGUCAAGUCUGCAUACCGUCCCCCACCUGCUCCAAUGAAUACAGAAGUGAAGAUUGAUGGCAAGAAAACUCUCAUUUUAGUUCUUUCUUUAAGUUUGGGUUCCAUUGCAUUCUUGUGUUUGGUCAUUGCAAUCUCCAGUUUCUGGGUAUAUAGACAUCAAGUUUGGAGCUACAGACAACUGUCGGAAGAAGUAAAUUUGGGUUCAACGGAAGAGUUUACUCUGCAAUCUUUUUCUUAUGAUGAGCUUGAGAAGGCAACGGAUGGCUUCCGGGAAGAGUUGGGGAGGGGCUGUUAUGGAGCUGUUUACAAAGGGACAAUAGAAAGGGAUAACAAAGUUGUGGCUGUAAAAAGACUAGAGAAAGUUGUGGAACAAGGAGAGAAGGAGUUCCAAGCUGAAAUGACUGCGAUUGGGCAAACUCAUCACAGGAAUUUAGUCCGUCUGCUUGGUUUUUGCAUUGAGGGCUCAAAGAAGCUUCUUGUUUAUGAGUUCAUGAGAAAUGGCUCACUUGCAGAUCUUCUCUUCAAUGCUGAGAAGCGCUCCAUUUGGAAAGUAAGAGUGAGAAUUGCACUAGAGUUAGCCCGAGGGAUACUCUAUCUGCACGAGGAGUGCGAGUCCCAAAUCGUCCACUGUGACAUAAAGCCUCAAAACAUACUCAUGGAUGAUGCCUGGACUGCUAAGAUAUCCGAUUUUGGAUUUUCAAAGCUGCUAAUGCCAAAUCAAGAAGGCAUUGUUACUGGGAUCAGAGGGACAGCAGGGUACUCUGCACCCGAAUGGCACAAAAAUACCCUAAUAUCAGUGAAGGCUGACAUUUACAGUUUUGGGGUUGUGCUUUUGGAGAUUGUCUGUUGCAGGAGAAGUAUAGAGGUUAAAGUUUCAACUGCAGAUGAGAUCAUUCUUUCUAGUUGGGUGUAUGGUUGUCUUGUGGCCAGAGAGUUGGAUAAGCUUGUUGGAGAUGAACAAGUAGAAUUUAAGUCGCUAGAAAGAAUGGUGAAGGUGGGCUUGUGGUGUGUUCAAGAUGACCCGGCUUUGCGUCCUUCCAUGAAGAAUGUGAUAUUGAUGUUAGAAGGGACUGUGGAUAUACCAUUCCCUCCAUCUCCAACUCCUCUGUAAUUUCUUAAUAAUAGUCUUUUCUCUCUGUAUUGCUAUGCUUAAGACUUCUGUUUUCUUGGUGCCUUACCUCCAAGUACUAUAGAAGCCUGUUUCUUGUGUUUCAUUUUGCUUCUGAUGAAAAAUCUGGAAAGUGUUUCAA